UUGUCGAAGAUUCACGAUGAAUUUAGAGGUGGAAAAAUUAACCUAGAAAAAACUCUUAAGUUACUUGAAAAGCUAGAAAUUCAGUGCAAUUAUAUUCAUGUGAAACAUAUUUUCAAGGAUAAUGACAGACAGAAAAAAGGAAGAAUCACCAUUGAAGAAUUCAGGUCAAUUUACCGGAUUAUUGCACAUAGAGAGGAAAUUACUGAGAUUUUCAACACGUACUCUGAAAACCGGAAAAUUCUGUCUGAAAAUAAUCUGAUUCAAUUUCUCACUCAAGAACAAUAUAUAUUUGCGAUGAGUGAGACCUUGACGUAUGAGAUCAUUCAAAAAUAUGAACCCAUUUUGGAAGUUAAGGAAGUACACCAGAUGUCAUUGGAAGGUUUUAUAAGAUACAUGUGUUCACCUGAAUGUCUACUAUUUAAAGAGGAAUGUAAAAGAGUUUAUCAAGAUAUGACUCAGCCAUUAAGUGAUUAUUUUAUUUCAUCUUCACAUAACACAUAUUUGAUAUCUGAUCAAUUAGUGGGACCAAGUGACAUUUGGGGAUAUGUAAGUGCCCUUGUGAAAGGAUGUCGUUGUCUGGAGAUUGACUGUUGGGAUGGGUCACAGAAUGACCCUGUGGUGUACCACGGCUAUACACUCACCAGCAAACUUCUCUUUAAAACCGUUAUCCAAGCAAUACACAAGUAUGCAUUCUUGACAUCUGACUAUCCAGUGGUGCUCUCAUUAGAAAAUCAUUGCUCCGCUGCCCAGCAAGAUGUGAUGGCAGACAUUUUACAGGGUACUUUUGGAGAUUCUCUGCUGUCUGACAUGCUUGAUGGAUACACAGACAAACUUCCUUCCCCAGAGGCACUAAAAUUCAAAAUAUUAGUUAAAAAUAAAAAAAUAGGAACCUUAAAGGAAACCCAGGAAAGGAAAGGUCUUGAUAAGCAUGGUAAGGUGGGGGAGUGGGAGGAGGAAGUGCUGGAUCCGGAGGAAGAGGAAGAGGAAAUAAAAGAAUCAGAAACAGAAGACAUGUUUUUGUCCAGAGUCAAGCAGGAAAAGGAGUCAGAAAUAUUAAAGAUACCCGUAAUAACAGUUUUCAAGAAAAAGAAGACUAGGAGGCUAAAAAUAGCUCUGGCCUUAUCUGAUCUUGUCAUUUAUACUAAAGCUGAGAAGUUCAGAACCUUCCAAUAUUCAAGACUAUAUCAGCAAUUUAAUGAAAAUAAUUCUAUUAGGGAGACCCAAGCCCGCAAACUUUCAAAGUUGAGAGUCCAUGAGUUUGUCUUUCACACCAAGAAGUUCAUUACCAGAAUAUAUCCCAAAGCCACAAGAGCUGACUCUUCUAAUUUUAAUCCUCAAGAAUUUUGGAACAUAGGUUGUCAAAUGGUGGCAUUAAAUUUCCAGACUGCUGGUCUACCUAUGGACCUGCAAAAUGGGAAAUUUCUGGAUAAUGGUGGCUCUGGAUAUAUUUUGAAACCACACUUCCUAAGAGAUAUGAAGUCAACAUUUGACCCGAAUAAAACAGCUGAUGGUGAUCCCAUUACUCUUUCAAUAAGGAUCAUCAGUGGUAUCCAGCUGCCUGUGAGUAACCCCUCCUCUAACAGAGCUGACACCUUGGUAAUCGUAGAAGUGUAUGGUGUUCCAAAUGAUCAUGUAAAACAGCAGACUCGUGUAAUUAAAAAAAAUGCUUUUAGUCCAAGAUGGAAUGAAACAUUCACAUUUAUUAUUCAAGUGCCAGAACUGGCAUUAAUACGCUUUGUUGUUGAAAACCCAGGCUUAAUAGCAGGAAAUGAAUUUCUUGGACAAUAUACUUUACCAGUUCUAUGCAUGAACAAAGGUUACCGUCGUGUUCCUCUGUUUUCCAAAACGGGCGAGAGUCUUGAGCCUUCUUCCCUGUUUAUUUACGUUUGGUACAUCAGAACCACUAAUGGUACCUAA